GCCAAAAAUUCAUUACAUGUGUUGUUGAUCUUUUGAAUCAAGAUUUCAGCAAAGGAGAUCCUCGUGAUGGGCUCCAAUGAGCAAGCCAUGGUGGAUGUGACUGUCGGCGUUUUGGCCCUACAGGGUGCCUUCAAUGAGCAUGUCCAGCUUCUGCGGCAAGCUGCUCGGAUUUUGGUCAAGAAGGAUAUCGUUGAAAGGAAUUGGACGUUCAAGGAAGUCCGGAAUGAAGCGGAACUAGAUUCCUGUGAUGCUCUCAUCAUUCCAGGAGGAGAAAGUACCGCUAUAUCGUUGGUGGCUCAGAGAUCAAACAUGCUGGAACCUCUUCGAGAUUUCGUCAAAGUUUUAAGAAAACCAACAUGGGGAACAUGUGCAGGCCUGAUAUUGCUUGCAGAGUCUGCAAAUCGAACUAAGAAGGGUGGCCAAGAGCUCAUAGGUGGGCUUGACAUUCGAGUCAACCGAAACCAUUUUGGACGCCAAAUCGAAAGCUUCGAGGCCAGUUUAGACCUUCCAUUCUUGCAGCACGCUGAUGGGAAGGGUUUUGAUACUUCUCGUCUCCUAUUUCGAGCAAUCUUCAUUCGGGCCCCUGUCGUCGAGAAACUGUUGCCAAAUGUAGCCGGGAUUCAAGAAGGCGAGGCCAAAGUUGAAGACACUGUUAUUGCACCUUCACGGGUUAUGGAUGAGGCCGUGGCUAAGAAGAUAAAGCUUGCCGAUGUUGAGAUUAUGGCCGCGCUCCCGGGUCGAACUGCUACCUUCAAGAAUACCGAGAUGAAUCUGGAUCCUGAAGCUGGGGACAUUAUCGCUGUUCGGCAAGCUAACGUAUUCGGUACAAGUUUCCACCCUGAACUGACUGGAGAUCCACGGAUACAUGUGUGGUGGCUUGAACAGGUGUUAAAAGCUGUUGAUGAGAGAGCUAGGUGAAGUUCUAUCUUCGAGAUGCCUCCUUUACACGAUGCGAAGCUCGCAGUUAUUCCCUCGUUUCACAGUGGCAGCAAGCCAUGCCGCAACAAUCUCAACAUCGACAGCAUAUCUGUCCACUCACUGGAGUACCGUCUUAUUCAGUAUUAUUCAGUACCACCUAAGCUGGGUAAUCAUAGCGGAAAGUAGCAGAGACCAUUCGACUGCCCUGAAUUGUCAACUGAGAGUCAUCGGUCCAAGUACGGUUUCUGGAUACAGGACUCAAGUGAGAGUCGUU